AUGUCUGGCGAUUUCCUGGACCAUCUGGUUCCUGCGCAUGGCGGCAUUCGUGACGACAACCGACGCAUCGAGCAAGUACACGACUCAACGUCGGACUUCUUCGCCGACUAUAACGACUUCGAUCGGCAACUGAGCACCCAUCUUAUUCAUUAUCGUGGAAACCAUCAGCAAUACGUUCACAUUCGCGCUGUGCAUGCCGCACUUUUUGGCGCCAACUGCGAUGCUACUGCUGCUCAGACAGGCCUGGAUCUGGUACUAUAUCAAGCCAAUCUAAUAGUGUUUGCCAAAGACAUGAUGCCUUUAGACGUAGACGACAAGACCACGGUGGGAGCGCUUCGGAAGCUUGACAGCUCCUUCCCGUCUUUGUUCCUUCCAGCCCUUAUUCUUGGGACCAAGGGCAGCGAAUCAAUCACUGGGGAUAGUGCACUGCUGCAAGAGUCCUUUGAGCUGGCACUCGAAUUGCGAACGCAAUUAGCCAUAUCUUCUCUUUCGCACGGAAUUACAGAUGAGUCAUUUGAUCCCGACGCUGCGCUCGAAGAAGUAUUCUUCAAUCCUGAUUCAGAAAGCGCUCAUCAGUUAGGCGUUGUUCGUGGUUGGGAUACGUUUGCGCUAGGUGGUGACGAAUCCGCUUUGCCCGAGGCAUUCGUUCAGAGGGUUGUGGCUCGCAUGACUGCCAUAAGAGAGUUCUUCACGACAGGGGACACGUCACAGGGACAAGAAGAAAGUGUUAACCUGGAAGAUCUAAGCGCGGCAUUCCCCUGGGCUGCGCUCAUUCUACGCUUAGUAAGCUGGGUACGUGCUCGGAACGAGGAACUUGUAGCGGCUAUUCAAGAACAAGGAGGUGCGCAUGGCAUUUUAGAAAGAGUGAAGGCCGAAAGAGAGCGUUCUAUCGUGGAUCCAGAAACAGGUCGUAUUGGUUCGCGGUCGUCGCCUCGCAAGAACCGUUCUUCUUUUGGACGCAAUCGAAGGCGAAGCAGUGGAAAGUUUGAUCCAAACGCAGAAGUUGACACUGAAGUUCUUAGCAGGCUGAUUGCAAGAGAAGGUGGCGCUCGCCCUCAUUCUCUUGGGGGUGUUGCUCCGCAAGAGUUACAUGCAGAACAGGAGGAGCCGGUGGCGGCGGGAGAUGAUCAAGGAAUUGGGUCGCCGCAACAAGACGAUGACGACUCGCAUACUCACCAGGACGGCGAACAAGAUGCCACGAGGGGCGCUGUGGAGCAAGCUUUCGAGGGCGAGUUGGUGAAAACGGUCGUAACGAGGCCGGUGGAACAAUUGGAUCUCUCACGACCUGUCCAGGAUUCAAUCAAGGAUUCAGAAAUUCCGGAUUCAUCACGACAACCUCUUCCAGAAUCGUCGCGACCACCUCAAUCAACGAACGACUUCGUCAGUCUGCUGAAGGAGACUUGUGCGUCCAACAAAGAGAAUCGCGGGAUGUCCCUGUUCGAGCGACAGGCAAAUGCGCAGCGCGUUGAAUUUGGAGAUGGAUUUGAUGAUAGCCAGCCUCCACCUGGUCCCUCUAGAAGCGAGCCAUCUGGCGAUCCAUCUCGGAAGGGGAAGGAACCCCAACGUUCCAGCCCUAAGAAACGAAAGGCCGCUGAAAUGUCAGAUGAUGAUAACGGCGACGAUGCUUUUGAAACGGUCCCUCGCAAUGCAAACGUCCAACGGCAGAGGGCAAAUGCUCCCAAACGUGUUCGCACUGACCCAAGCUCAUAUGGCGCACCUACGAGUCACCAACCUCGGCCUAGGUAUGGUGAUGACUUCCGGCCAAUAGAAGACUUUCAACAACCCGAGAAUGAGGACCCUUCCGAACCCGAAGCCCCUGAUAUGACCGAAGAGGUUCCUCCAAAAUCGACUUUUGACGACAUUAAAGCUCUAGCGCGCGCCAACACAAUUUACAAGCCGCGCAGAGCUAAGAAAAUGUGGACCACAGCAGAAGAAGAAGCUCUGAUAUCGUACAUGUCAGACUGUCCGCGACAGUAUGCCAGAAUACUUGCGAUUGAUAAAGAAAGCCCUCGCAAAUACUUUCAUGCGUUGGAGAAUGGCCAGUGGAUUGCACAACGUUCGCAAAUUGACCUGAAAGAUAAGGCCAGGGUAAUGGCCAAGAACAUGAUCAAGUAA